CAAAGGCAGAAGGAGGUUGUUUAAUUCUAAUGCUCUUGCCAAACAAUGGCCGCUUCCGCCACUUGUUGAAUCUCCGAUCGGCUUUCGCCUCACUGCAUCGUGGACUCGAACUACUUAGCCAUUCCUCAGCGUCGUCCGCAAUAGUCUUCGUCCACUCCCUUCAAAGCACAAAUAAUGUCUGAUCUCUGUCCUGUCUACGCGCCCUUCUUCGGUGCCAUGGGCUGCACCUGCGCAAUUGUGUUCACCUGUCUUGGUGCAAGUUAUGGUACCGCAAAGUCUGGUGUUGGUAUUUCUGCGAUGGGUGUCCUCAGGCCAGACCUCAUGAUGAGAUGUGUUGUCCCUGUUAUCAUGGCUGGUAUUAUUGGUAUCUACGGUCUGGUGGUGUCCGUCCUCAUUUCCAGUUCACUGGCGGCCACAAUGACCCUUGCGCAAGGAUUCAUUGACCUCGGUGCUGGUUUGUCGGUCGGUCUCGCUGGUCUUGCUGCAGGUUUUGCCAUUGGUAUCGUCGGUGAUGCUGGUGUCCGUGGGACUGCACAACAGCCACGACUUUUCGUUGGAAUGAUUUUGAUUCUCAUCUUCGCUGAAGUGCUGGGUCUUUACGGCUUGAUUGUUGCACUCAUCAUGCACACAAAAGCUGGAGAGUUAGUAGGAAUGUGCGACGCGUAGAAAGAUGACGGACUUCAUUAUAAACCUUCAAUGUUGAUUUCCGUCUAAUACAUCCAUGUUUAUGCUUGCGAACAUAGCCCUUGCACGUAUCGUCUACUUGAGUUAUACAUCUUAGGCCAAUGAUUACCCUCUAUUGUGUGAAAA